UACAAGGCGACGGCCCACGGUUCUUCUUCCUAGCGUGUCUACCACCAUGUUUCUAGACAUUUGGUUUCUACUAACUCUAGCGUUCGUGUCAGCAUUAGAAGUAUUCUCAACAUCUUUGUCUGGUCUCACCAACAGCACUCGUCCAACCGAAUCGGUUACCUUCUGGGCGGCAUGGCAGUCAUGGUCCGAAUGCUCUGAGACAUGUGGGAUAGGCGAGCGGACUAGAAAACGAAUCUGCAUACAUCGUCAAGGCGUGUACGUACCGACAUCAUUCUGCGAUGGCGCGAAUGAGGAAGCAAGUGUCUGUCAACUUCAACGUUGCCCUAAACCGAAGGAAUUAAAAGUAAUAUUCAAAGACAGGAGAACGUUUCCGGAUGUUAUUCGUCUGAUGCCGAGCAGUGAGAAGGGAGAGACUCGGUUGACGGUAUAUUGUUAUGCUCCUGGGUUGCCGGUUAGUCAUGUGAAAUGGAUGAGGGAUGGUGAAGUUAUCAAGUCGGGAAAUGGGAGAGUUGUGCAACACGGUGUACGGAAACCGGCGUCGUCGAGGCGGUUGAAGAUCCGGCCGUUUUUGGAAGAAGACUAUGGGGAGUAUACGUGUGUGGCGUAUGAUGGUGGGGCGAAGAAUGUUAUGUUGCGAAAGAGUUUUACAAUAGUUUCAGUUGUACCAACCACCGGUAUUCCUGUUACCAAAGGACCCACUGGCAUUCUAACACCGUCGACUCGCUCUACUCCUCUACUUCAUACACCAAACUAUGUCACAACAGAACAACCAAUAAACAGACACAAUCACAGCUUUGCAGGCAAGGCAGGCGGGGACAUGAGCAGCAAUCCUUUAAUUUUGAGUCUACCACAACAUCCUACUCCAUCAAUACAAACAGACAGUCACGUAAAACCAUUUACUUCACGUCAAACAUCAAGACAGCAAACUAACACUCCCGAUCCAACCUUGCAUACUUCGUCUUCGAUUGUACACACAACAGAGCCACAAGCAUCUACCGAAGCAACAACACAGGCAAUAGAUACACUGGUAACAAGUGCUACUUUGACUUCAUCGACAGGUAGACAACAGAGAGUGACUUCAAUGAGUGUAAAUAGUCACCGUAGGUAUACAUCAUCGAUAGAAGAUUUAGACGUAACGACAGAAGCAUUGUCGACUGAAACUGUGACAACAAGCAGAAUGGAAAAGCAACAAACAACAACACAAAGAGCAACAACACGAGCAGCAACAACACAAGCAGCAAUGACACAAGCAGCAAUGACACAAGCAGCAACGACACAAACACCUACAACACAAACACAAACAACACAAGCACCAACAACACCAACACCAACAACACAAACACCAACAACACGAACGCCAACAACACAAGCAGCAACAACACAAGCAUCAACAACGAAGCAAGAAGCAACAACUCGAAAGCCAACGUCACGUAAGAGAGCAUCUACACCAACAGUCACUAGAACGCCACCGCCGACGCAACUGACUUUGAAUAAAUUUGUUGCCAUGAGAACAGAUCAAUUAUCGGUUACAACCUCACAUGCGGGCGUGGAUACAUCUGUUUCUCAUACCUCAACACCGUCAACGUCUCACCAGCAUGAGAAUGAAAUACAUUUUGUUAGCGAGACGAAUCUCGACGACGUGGCUACCGAUCCUAUAAUGUCAACGACUUAUUCUAGUACAUCAAGAAUUCCGGUAUUGAGAGACAACACUCUGCCUACUAUUGCAGACGUUAGAAACAACGAGUUGGAAGUUCAAGCAGGUAUAUCUUCGGACAACAAGCUUUUGAUCAUUGUAGGAGCUGCGAGUGUCGGAGCUUUUGUGGUGCUGACGUCACUUGUUGUUUCGUGUCUCGUGUGCAGCAAGAGACGGAAGAAGUAUUCCCCAAAUCGGAGAGGGAGUGGCCACGUGAGGAGUUCGUCGUUUGCCACCUGUGACAAGGAGAGAUACAAUUCGUUCGAGUCAGCUAUGAAGUUCUCGCCGUCAAUGGCGAGCAGUAUGACCCACUUGUCGAGACAUCUCGACGAUUCCGGUCUCACCGUCUACGGCGAAAUGGGCGUUAGGAGGAAAUCGAGUUUCAUGGUGAGCGACAUUGUACCUCCCGACAUGGCAAUACAACAGAGAAAGGCAUCAUUGUCUGAUGCUAUUCACGCAUUGGAUCCCAUGUGGGGCAACUCCGAGAGGCAGUUGCCGCUCUCGGCGGUCAACGAAGAUUCUACUCACGCUAGUGGAGUAGAUCAGGUGGACGCAUCGAGGCGGAGCGAAACGCCAUUGAAUGUGAUAGCAAAUGGAGACGUUCCGCAUUCGAUCGGUUUGCUUCAUUCGAGUUUGCCCGACAAUCUGGUGACCGACUCGGACUCAACGGGAGUCGAACGUGCGUUGACAGAUCCGGUAGUCAGACCUAAUUGUGAGGUCGCUCCGAAGCUGGAUACCUCGGACGAACCAACUGCAACAACAACAGCACCAACACCUGUAGGGUCGGCAAUCAAUCUAGAACAACAAAAGGCAGAACAUUCUGUCAUAAUGCUAUCGGGAGAGGUAAACCAACUAGCCACUGAUGAUGCAUCUAGUCAGCAUUUGGAAUACAGCUUGAGUGAUAUCUCAAUCACAGAUAGUGAACAAAAUGAGGAUGACAACAACUCUGUGGCGAUGCCCGAGGAUUUGGUCGCCGACUGUUAACUGAACGAGAUCUGGAGAUGUCAGUGGAGUUACCCGACUUUAUGAGACAUGCUUGGGGCAUGUGUUGUCUUUUAAUUAAUUUAGUUAAUUAGAUAUGUAGCAAUAUGUACACAACAGAUUAGCAUUGAUAUUAAUGGUAUGUACUAGAAGAAUGGCCACGUUUCGGUGGCUCUGCUCUAUGUUUGUAGAAAGUGUUCUAAAAUAGAUAUCUAGUCCAUAGUAGACUGUUUGUGUAAAAUACACAUUUUGAAUCAUUCA